CUCCCCGGAUGAACCCGCUGUUUCACUUUAAAACAAACCGGAAGUCGGUGCAGCGUGACGGAACUUUUGCCUCAAAGUAGUGAACAGAUCAGGUCACAGCAGCUGUAUGGAUCAUUUCCAUUUAAAAUAAAAGAAUGUAAAGUUCAGCUCUUCAACGGCGCCGGUCAUCGCAGAUUGAUUGUCAUCAUGGGCAACGGAAUGAAUAAGGUGAUCGAUGGCCUUUACCUCGGAAAUAUUAGAGAUGCAGAAAACAGAGAAGGUUUGUCAGAAAACAGCAUCACUCACAUUCUCUCUGUGUACAACCAUCCUAAACCGGUGUUUGAGGACAUGAAAUACAAAUGUAUUCAUGCAGUUGAUGCUUCCAGCCAGAACCUAAUACAAUAUUUCAAAGAGUGCAUCGGCUUCAUUCACGAGUGCCGCCUCAAUGGUGGAGCUUGUCUUGUUCACUGCCUGGCAGGGGCGUCCCGCAGCACCACCAUGGUGGUGGCCUACCUGAUGACCGUCACCGACUACACUUGGGAGGAUUGUUUGUCUGCAGUCAAGACUGUGCGCUCCUUCGUUGACCCCAACCCUGGCUUCCGGGACCAGCUGCAAGAGUACCAGAACACAAGACUAUCAGAGUAUCGAACCUGGCUACAAUCCAGCUUCCACCCCAGCCCAUUCAAAGACUCUGAACAAGUGGGGGCUCUACUGAGUCAGCACUCGGAGCAUUAGGACAGCUUGAGAAACGGAGCAUAAAUCAGGAUGGAUGUCAGCUUUUGUCCUCCAGUGCCGGCCGACCAUCCUAAGGAAACACGCUUCUGAAGUCACCCGUGUCCUAACCAAAGCCUCCAGAAAACCGGAGAUUCUUACAUGAAAGUCUUUUCUUUAUUUGCCUCUUUAAAGUGGUUGCAUUUCCCUAUUUACUUUGGAGGGCCUUACUGUAGACAUUUCCAUCAUGUGUCGCUGAUUACAGUGACAACAGUCUUAUCGACGCAUUACUAAAUGCACGACAUGCUGGCUGCCGUAACGCACGUUUGACAAACGGCGUGACGUCUCUUCUCCAUUUUUCAUCUCAUCAACCUGCUUGAUCUAUCAAUGCUGAGUAAUUCACCUUUAAUUUUUCUUUAUCUUGCACUGAUUAUUAAUAACACACAACCAAGACCUAAGGUUCUGUGCAUAUAUAAGCACUGUAGUUUUUGAAGUGUGUUUGUUUUUUGCACUGAGGCAUUAAAUAUGUGCAUCCUACAUAAAGAGCUGCCUGUAAAACAUCAAAUACUGUUGACAUUAAUGCUUCGGUCAUUCAGUUCAUUUGUUUAAGAUAAUAUUGUGUUCUUUCUUUACCUAAAAAAUAAUAAUAAUAAUACACGAGUAUUUCUGAGGGGAGAACGGAGCAGACAAACAGCAAGAACGUUCAUUGUUCCAGGUGCUGGUGGUUAAUUUCUCCGAAUGCUGUUUGACCCUCUCACAUUUGGUGAAUACAGCUAGUGUGCAUAUCCUAUGGGCUUUAAUAGCUACGUUGAAUUACACCAAAUGUUUUCCUCAUUUGAAUCUUUUAAUGUCUAAAAGCGAAUUUUUUUACAAGAUUAUUUUUUUAAUAAAAGAGUGAUUUAGUUGGG